UACAAAAUCAUUGUCCUCCUCAAGACAUGUAAAACCAAAUAGGUUUGUACAGAAGAUCGGAAGUUGAGUAAAGUGUUAACCAUGGCGUCUGAUAGCAAACCCAUCGAAAUCGAUCCAAGGAGCGGCUUCUGCAAAUCCGAUUCCGUCUACUACAGUAAACGAAAACCCAUAGCUCUCCCGUGCAACGAAUCCCUUGAUGUCACCACCUUCAUCUCCUCCCGUGCCCACAAUGGUAAGAUCGCUUUCAUCGAUGCCUCCACCGGUCGCUACCUCACCUUCCCGGAAGUCUGGCGUGCAGUUGAUUCCGUCGCUUCCUGCCUAUCGGAGAUGGGUGUUCGAAAGGGCAACGUUGUCCUCCUCCUUUCUCCCAAUUCCAUCUUCUUCCCAGUUAUUUGUCUCUCCGUUAUGUCCCUCGGUGCCAUCAUCACCACCACAAACCCUCUCAACACCCCUCAAGAGAUCCGUAAACAGAUCGCCGAUUCCAAACCCAUUCUCGCCUUCACCACUCAACCUCUCCUCCCUAAACUCUCCGGCACCGGUCUUCCUGUAGUUCUAAUCGGACAACAUGACAACCUCUCUAUCAAGCAGGCCAAGAUCGUCUCCUCGCUUGAAGAUAUGAUGAAGAAAGAUCCGAGUGAACUCAGAAACCGAGUCAGGGAACGAGUGAGUCUAGACGACACGGCCACGCUGCUCUACUCCUCAGGCACCACCGGCGCCAGCAAAGGCGUGGUUUCGUCGCACCGGAACCUCAUCGCGAUGGUUCAGACGAUCGUGAGCCGUUUCAGGUUGGAAGACGGAGAGCAGACCUUCAUCUGCACCGUCCCCAUGUUCCAUAUCUACGGUUUAGCAGCGUUCGCAUCGGGACUGCUAGCAUCGGGAUCGACGAUCGUGGUACUCUCCAAAUUCGAGAUGGAUGAGAUGCUCUCCGCCAUCGCGAAGUACCGGGCGACUUAUCUGCCGCUCGUGCCACCGAUUCUGGUGGCGCUGAUCAACCACGCGGAGAUGGUGAAGGCGAAGUACGAUCUGGGGACUCUACAAUCAGUGUUGUCUGGUGGGGCCCCCUUGAGCAAGGAAGUGAUCGAGGGGUUCUUGGAGAAGUAUCCGACGGUGAGGAUUCUUCAAGGGUAUGGGUUGACGGAGACCACGGGGAUAGGGGCAUCGACGGAUACGGCGGAGGAGAGCAUGCGAUACGGUACGGCGGGAUUGUUGUCGCCAAGCUUGGAAGCUAAGAUCGUUGAUCCGGACACUGGUGAGGCCUUGCCGGUCAGUCGGACCGGUGAAUUGUGGCUUCGUGGACCCUAUGUAAUGAAAGGUUACUUCAGCAAUGUAGAAGCAACAACAUCGACAUUAGAUUCACAGGGAUGGUUAAGGACGGGAGACAUAUGCUACAUAGACGAGGAUGGAUACAUAUUCGUAGUGGAUAGGUUGAAGGAGCUUAUCAAAUACAAGGGUUAUCAGGUCCCUCCAGCAGAACUAGAGGCAUUGUUGCUUACGCAUCCAGAGAUUGAUGAUGCUGCUGUCAUACCGUUUCCAGAUAAGGAAGUUGGGCAGUUUCCUAUGGCAUAUGUGGUGAGAAAAGCAGGAAGCAAUUUGUCAGAGGGUGCUAUUAUGGACUUUGUAGCUAAACAGGUGGCUCCAUACAAGAGAAUCCGUAGAGUGGCAUUCGUGGGUGCCAUCCCCAAGAACCCAUCAGGCAAGAUUCUUAGGAAGGAUCUCAUUAAGCUUGCUACCUCAAAGCUAUGAGAAU